AUGUUCGAUAAAAAGUUAAAAACCUGUAAUGAACACGCACGGGGCCGUUUAUGGGAGCCUGCCCAAGACAGGCAGACAUUCGGCGGCUUCUACAUAGAGGGCUCAGGUAUAGUGGGAGCACUUCACAAGGUGCAAGGCUGCCUCCCUUAUGUUAUUCUGCUGCGCUCGAGUAAAUCCAAAAAUGUCCGCGUGGGCUCCACUACCAUACGGUAUAACUGUCAUCUACUUAAUAGCUACUUGGCGGGCGUUACAUUUUUUUUUAGGUAUGAUAAAGACCACAUAGGAGGAUACAAUAAGCUCUUCACAGAGGCCUUAUUACAUAUGAGUGACAUUCGUUGUUUUCUUGUACCCUUCACCCUUGCUUCAGUAGUCCUUUCCGGUAAAGCUCCAGGAGGCUAUUCUUAUAAUCGGUUCAGCGGUCCCGUCAGCGGUAAGAUAAUCGAGGUGCAAGUACCAGCUGCCGAAGGUUUACCAGCUCAACAACACGCUGAUUAUGGAUACGAUCAUCAGAGCGGCAGAAUACACCCUGACACUGCUAAAUACGCACAUUUAAAAACAGUUGACUAUGUUGCCAAGCCCGACUACCAAUACGCGUAUGGCGUAGAAGAUCCCCACACUGGCAACUUGCAGAACCAUAAAGAGGUCCGCGAUGGUGAUGUUGUGCGCGGGGAAUACUCUCUGGUGGAGCCCGAUGGUUCCCUACGUUUGGUUCGGUAUACUGCUGACCCUAAGAACGGCUUCCAGGCUACUGUACACAAAAAGGCUGGGGGUCAAGCUCAGAGACCAGUACAUUACGGAUACCCGAAGCAGCAAGAAGAAGACGAAUCAAGAGAAUACUAGUCGCGUCAUACAAUUCUAGAUUAGUUUUUGUUAUUGAAUAUUUAUUGUUAAGUUUUCUUUUUACAAAAAUAUAAAAGUAGUCUUCCGAACUAUUUAUGUAUAUUUUUUUUCUUAAAUGGCUCACUUUGAACAACCUCUUAAAAGUUGAAGAUGUAGGUAAAUGAAUUGCAUUCAAGUUCAGCUACUUGAAUAGUUUUUUCAUCAAUUCUGUCGGAAAAGGGAACACUAUUGUAUGCGAGUUAUCUCCUGACAUCAUUUGUAAAGAU